AAAAAAAGAGCUGAAGAAGAGUAGCUCCAAUCUGAUUGGAGGAAGUAAUAAAUCAACAACGAAAGAUGGCUGAAGUGGUAGAACUGCAAAAGCUGAAGCUUGCUGAACUGAGGCAGGAGUGUGAGGCCCGAGGUCUGGAAACAAAGGGAAACAAAGGAGAGCUCAUCGCACGUCUCCAAGCCUACCUGGAUGAGCACGAGGAAGAUGUGGAUGUCGAUGACGUGCUGGCGGAGGAUACAGUGGAUUUCAGUAAAGUUGAGAGUUCCAACAACAUAAAAGCAGACAAUCACACUGAAACAGCUGACAGUGAUCCACCUGCGGAGAAGAAGGUGGUGAAAAUAACUCCUCCGUUAUCUGCCAGUGAAAGACUUCAGAAGAGAGCUGAACGUUUCAACAUGCCAGCAACAUCUGACAGCAAAAAGGCCAUACGUGCAGCGAGGUUUGGUUUACCUGGUGAUGAUUCAAGUCCUCCUCCAGGGGUCGUUGCCAACAGUAAAGCUGCUGUGAACGUGGACCAGCUGAAGAAGAGGGCAGAAAGAUUUGGAAUGAACGUUUCGUCCAUUUCUCAAAAGAUGGAAGAGGAUGAAAAGCUGAAAAAGAGGAAGGAGAGGUUUGGGAUCUUAACAAGUGCGUCAUCGACCGGUGGAGAGGACGUUGAGGCGAAGAAAAUGAAGCGCGCUGAAAGAUUUGGAAAAGUGUAAAUGACGUUUGUUUUUGUAAGUGUUUUUAUGGCUGUAUGAUGUCAGAGCUGCAGGUUAACAAAUGCAACAAACGAUUUCUAGAAAUCAAAAGUACACUAAAACACAGAGCUUUAGGUCACCAUGCCCGCUUGAGAAACUUAGAAACUUCUUAGUAACUAACCAUCAAUCAAUGCCUGAGAGCUAAAAUCCUGUUUCUGUGGACCAGAAAGUGGCUCAGUUUAAGUUUACUUUCAGGCUAAAUCUGGACAUUAUUGAGGAUUUAUUACAUGAACUAAUAAAAAGCAUUUGAUUACACUUAGACAUGAAUAAUUUAAAUAAAAGCUAAAUAAAAAGUCAGUUACUCAUCAAGAGAUGUCCCUCUGGUCUGCCAAAAGAUAUUUUUAACAGAAAACGUGUUGAUUUUUCUGAUUAUGUUUCUCGCCGGUUUUAAAUGAACUGUUUUUAACUGCACUUUUGAUUUCUCAGACAGUCUGUUAAGUUUCUGUUUUUUCUUCAGGGGGGAGGAGGAUUGACCUGCUUUGGUUAGCUGUCCAUUUUCUAACAAUUUGUGAUUUAAUAAAUUUUCAGUUUUUAAAAUCUG